AUGUGGCUUGGCUUUGGUGCAGCUAGAGUCAGCACUUCGACUCCAAACCCUACCCGCGAGCAGAUCCCUAUAGCAAGCAAUUCCGCCAGCGACAUCUCCAUUGUAGAGCCUCCUUCCCUUGUACCGAUAGAAAUCCUGGACCACUCCAUGGAGAGCCCUGAUGGGGAUGAGAGCCCUACGCACCCGAGUGAAGAGGGUUUCUCAGCAGGGCUCUCGCUGUUCGUCAUAGAGCCGGCGCACGACUGUCCUUGUUCCGACGAGAGACUUUUAUCUGAGGAGGAUGAACGGAAUGACGCCACAUUUAUUAAG